AUGACGAUGGGCCAAGAGAGUGCAGGCAUUGUUACAAGUAAUGGAUCCAGUCCACCCACAUACACCACCCUCAAGGGCAUGGGGUUAGUGAGCACAGCUUUUAAACCAGAAGACUUGUUGAAGCUGCGAUAUGGUAACUUGGGGAUUGGGCACACGCGCUAUUCCACCACAGGAAUGUCAGAGCUGCAGAACUGCCAGCCCUUUGUGGUGGACACUCUGCAUGGCAAGAUUGCGGUGGCACACAACGGAGAACUUGUCAACGCUGCUGCACUGCGCAAAAAGGUGAUGAGACAUGGCGUGGGUCUUUCCACUAGUUCAGACAGCGAGCUCAUCACUCAGCUGCUUUGUCUGACUCCGCCCAUGGAGGAGGUCGACACUCCUGAUUGGGUAGCACGCAUUAAGAACUUGAUGACAGAGACUCCAACGUCAUACUCCCUGCUGAUAAUGCACAAAGAUGUGAUCUACGCUGUGCGAGACCCAUACGGCAACAGACCUCUGUGUAUCGGACGGCUGGUGCCCAUCUCCAAACUACACAGCUCUGGAGGUGGAGAAGGAGACACAGAAGGCUGGGUUGUCUCCUCGGAGUCCUGCAGCUUCCAGUCCAUUGGCGCCAAGUAUUACCGUGAAGUCCAGCCUGGAGAAAUAGUGCAGAUCUCCAGACACGGGGUCAAGAGCCUGAACAUAAUCCCCCGUCCCGAGGGAGAUCCUCCAGCCUUCUGUAUAUUUGAGUAUGUCUACUUCGCCAGGCCAGACUCCAUAUUUGAAGGUCAGAUGGUGUAUACAGUCAGGCAGCGCUGUGGACGCCAGCUGGCCAUUGAGGCCCCCACUGAUGCAGAUGUGGUCAGUACAGUGCCUGAGUCUGCUACUCCAGCUGCUUUAGGAUACGCACAAGUGUCUGGCCUGCCCUACGUAGAGGUCCUGUGUAAAAACCGCUACGUCGGAAGGACGUUUAUUCAACCAAACACUCGUUUGCGUCAGCUGGGGGUGGCUAAGAAAUUUGGGGCGCUGACGGACAACUUUGCUGGCAAACGAGUAGUUCUCAUUGACGAUUCCAUCGUGAGAGGCAACACCAUCUCACCAAUCAUUAAACUGCUCAAAGAGGCAGGAGCAACAGAGGUCCACAUUCGUGUGGCGUCUCCUCCGAUUCGGUUCCCCUGCUACAUGGGCAUCAACAUUCCUACCAAAGAAGAGCUUAUUGCUAACAAACCAGAGUUCAAGGACAUUGCUAACUACAUUGGAGCCACCAGUGUGCGUUACCUGUCUGUCGAGGGCCUGGUGACUGCAGUUCAGAGUGGAAUUGAGUCCUACGAGAAGGAGCAGAUCAGCUCCAGCAGCAAGGCCAUCAGAAAACUGGGUCAUUGUACAGCUUGCCUGACUGGCAAAUACCCCAUCGAGCUGGAGUGGUGA